AUGGAAGAGAUGAGGAAGCAGAGCGCGCAGGAGGAAUCAGAUGAUGACUACAGGCCCCAGGACGACGUGGAGGAAGAGGACAACGAGGUCGAAUUCACGGCCGACGAUUUCGAAGCGGAGGAGGAGCAUGAUGAGGAUCGCGAGGCCUACCUGGCACGAGAAAUACAUGGCCUGAGGCACAGAUCGGGAGAGGGAGUCAGCGAUGAAGAUGCCGCCGUCAUCCAGGAAAGCGCAUCAUCGACGGCAGAGACGAUCAGUGGCGGAGGGAGGCCGAAGAGGGGUGCGGCCGUGCGAGCGAGCGAGGCGAUCGCCAGGGAGAGCGCCAGGAAGCGGGCCACCGCGCAGAGCUCGGGUCGGAGUGGCGUGAGCUGCACCGCGGCCGUUGCCUUUGUGCUUCUCCUGCUCAUCCCGGCCUUCAUCUACUCGCUCUACAAUCCCGCCUACGCGUCGUUCGCUGCUGGGGGGAACUGCGGCAUGGACUCGAACCGAUUUGCUCAGGAGCUCGAUGCGCAGAAGUAUACGGAAGUGCUGCAGUACAGCAAGGCCAACUACGCGACCGAACCAGCCCUGGCCAACGUCGACCAGAUCAGCAAUGUCCUGUUCGGCAAGCGGGCUUCGCAGCCUGUGGUGAUGCUAUUUGUGAGCAGCGACAGCGAAGACCGCAAGCAGGUCAUGAACGACUUUGUGGACGGUCUGGCGCGCAUCUAUUUCAACACGUCGGAUAUCAAUCCGGCCGCCUUCAGGUUCAACGCCGGGCAGGACCACACCGACAUGAAGAAGCGCAUCACCUCGCAGCUCAGAGAGUGCGGCCGCGGUCUGUUCGCUGCCGACGCGAGCGUGAUGCUGGACCACUUCGACUUCAUGGAGACCGCUCUCGAAGAUGGCGUCUCCUUCAUCGAACUAGACGACUCGACGUUCAUUGUGAUGGACACGCUGAAGGAGGACUUACUCCGACGCUUCAUGCACGAUCCCGCGAACCAGGCCAAGGCCAAGGCCGCCGUCGCCAACCAGGUGCAGAUCAAGCAGAGCCCUCGAUGGACGAAACGAUUUGGUCAGCGGGUCCAGGAUGUAUUUGUCUUCUAA